AUAUUGGAACUGGCCCAUGUAAGCCCAUAUCAGACCAGGGCCAGCAAUCAAUUAAUUAACAAAUAAAUUAAUCAUUUUUUACUAAUCCCACGCCUCUCUCCUCUCUCGUCGCCUCGCGUCGCGCGCAUGGACCACCCGCCGCCGCCGGACUCCGGCAGCUGCCUCGAGGUCCGCCUCUUCUACGUGCGCCUCUCGCCGCACGGCGGCGCGCCGCCGCCGCUGCGCCUGGCGCUCGACCUCCGCCCCGCUGGUGGCGAGGCCGCCCUCCCCCUCCCGCUCCGCCUCGACCGCCACGACGCUUCCUCCGGGGACGCCACCUACGUCUCCACCGCGGCCGCGCGUCUUCCCCCACCCGCCGCGGCCUUCGAGGUCGCCGACCACCGCGGUGCCGCGCUACUCCGCGGCUCCCUUCGGCGGUGCCCCGAUGGGAAGGCCGAUUCCCCUGCCUGGGAAAUCGAUUGCAUCCCCGCCGCUGGGGCGGCUGCCUCGGCCUCGGCCUUUGAGGUCUAUGUAGCCGGAUGCUGCGCCGGCGAGCCCGCCGUCCUCACGCGCGCCCUGCGGCUAGCCAUGCCUGAAGAGGCUUCUGGCGGGUUGGUUCACCGCCGAUCGGGGGCAUUGACGGCUACAGGGGAUGGAGGCGACAAUGAUAUGAACUCUGGUAGCAUGCAAUACCCUGAAGGUUGGUACUCUGACGAUGAUGACGGGCAACUCUCAUGGUUCAAUGCUGGUGUUAGAGUCGGUGUGGGGAUUGGCCUGGGAGUGUGUGUCGGUGUUGGCAUAGGAGUUGGGCUCCUCAUGCGCUCCUACCAAGCAACGACCAGAAGCUUGAAGAGGCGGUUCUUCUGACAGUGUUGUAACAAGUACCACGGCCUCUGAUGGCCAGUAGAGUUGUUCUACUCGUUUUGUUCCUGAGAGCAGAUCGCUGUAUAAUUCGUUCAUGUGUUGUCUGUGUAGGAGGAGAUGUUGUAUUGCUGUGGUUGUGAAGUUUUUGACUUGUGUACACCGCUCUCACUGCUGUGUGUAUACUGGAACUCUGGAAGUGUGAAGGUGUUCCUUGGACUUGUGAAGAAAAUGGUCUCAACUUUGAACCGGAGCAGCUGCACGGGUUGCAAACUUGCAACCUUCUGUUCUCUUGAGAAUGUCAAUUCCCUCGUGUAUAUACAACAAAUGUUGAUUAUUAGCAAACGUUGUUGAAGCAUAUUUUUUUUCCCUGAAGGACCUAUUACAGGUAUGUAAGAAUUAUGAAAUUCAAAUUGGAUAUUUUU